AACAAUCAUCACAUGCUGAAAAGAUGGCUAUGGUCGUGACUUCAUGUUACUUGAUACUGGUUCUUUUUGUCAUUUUUUCUUCAACAAAUGGCAUUCCAACAGAAUACAAUGUUGGUAUUGGAAUUGCAGAUAUCACUGGACCUGCAGCGGAGGUCAACAUGAUGGGGUACGCAAAUCCUGCACAAACAUCACGUGGGUUACAUCUCCGCCAGUUCAGUAGAACAUUUAUCUUUGAGGAUCAGAUGAAGAACAAAGUCGUGUUCAUCAACCUGGAUGCUUGCAUGUUUUCUCAGGGACUUAAACUUGAGAUUGUUAGACAGCUUACAGCUAAAUAUGGAGACGCGUACACGGAACGCAAUGUUUGUAUUACCGGUACCCACACUCACUCGGGCCCGGGAGGAUUCCAUCAGUAUUUGUUGUAUGACAUCACAUCACUUGGUUUUGUGAGAGAAACGUUUGACUCCUUGGUGGAAGGAAUAAUGCGGAGCGUUGACAGAGCGCAUAACAACAUGAAACCUGCCAACAUCUAUGUAAACACCGGUGAACUAUUGGAAAGCAACAUCAACAGAAGUCCAUCUGCUUACCUCAACAACCCUCCAGAGGAACGUGCCAAGUACAAUUAUAAUGUUGACAAGAACAUGACGGUGAUCAAGAUUGCUGACUCGGAUGAUUAUCCUAUUGGGAUGAUCAGUUGGUUCGCCGUGCACUGUACCAGUAUGAACAAUACUAACAGGCUUAUCAGCAGUGAUAAUAAAGGUUUGGCAGCCCUUAUGUUUGAGACCGACAGAAACGGAAAAACGGUUCUUCCCGGAAAGGGGGACUUUGUUGCUGCAUUUGCUCAGAGUAACGAAGGUGACGUAUCUCCAAAUACAAAGGGUCCCCACUGUUUAGAUACGGGUUUACCAUGUGACUUCAACCACAGCACUUGCAACGGCAGGAACGAGCUAUGCGUGGCUUUUGGACCAGGAAAUGACAUGUUUGAGAGUACAGAGAUUAUAGCAAGGAGGCAGUAUAUUGAAGCAAAGAAAUUGUUUGACACAGCAACCACCUUGUUAAAAGGACCAGUGGACUUCAGACAUACUUAUACCGAUAUGUCUAAACAAACAUUGGGAGAGGGAAAAAAGACAUGUCCACCAGCUAUGGGAUAUAGUUUUGCAGCUGGGACAACCGACGGACCUGGAGCCUUCGAUUUCACGCAAGGAACUAAUUCUUCGUCAGCAAUAUGGAACUUUGUAAGCGGCUUCAUUAAGAAACCAUCAGAAGAACAAGUGCAAUGCCAGGCACCAAAACCCAUUCUUCUCGAUACAGGGGAGAUUGAUCUCCCUUACGCAUGGGAACCUUCUGUCGUAGAUACACAGAUAUUCAGGAUCGGGCAACUGGUGCUUGUUGCAGUGCCGGCAGAAUUCACGACUAUGUCUGGGAGAAGAACUCGGGCUGCUGUUGCAAAGAGUUUGAAAGAUAACGGGUUUGAGGGUGAACCAAUACCAAUUAUUGCUGGAUUGUCCAAUGAUUAUGCAGACUAUGUUACCACAUUUGAGGAAUAUCAGGAGCAGCGUUACGAAGGCGGUUCAACGAUAUAUGGACCACAUACCCUGGAGGCAUAUAUCAAUGUGUACAAGAAUCUGUCGAAAGCAAUGGCUACGGGUAGCUCUGUGGCACUUGGUCCCAACCCUCCAGAUCUCAUGUUAAAACAGAUUUCAUUCCUUCCACCUGUCGUAUUUGACGAAGCAGGGAUAGGUAACAAUUUUGCUGACGUUAGUCAACCACCAAACAAACAAUACAAAGCUGGCGAGCGUGUGACUGUCAAGUUUGUCGGUGCAAAUCCAAGGAAUAAUAGAAGAUUGGAGUCCACAUUCCUGACGGUGGAAUUUCAAGAGCAAAGCGGAGCAGACACUGUAGUUUAUACUGAUGCCAACUGGGAAACUCAGUUUCACUGGGAUAGACACGGAUUAGCUGAGAGUACCGUCACCAUUAUCUGGGACAUUCCAGCGGAUCAGAAACCAGGAAUGUACAAAAUAACGUACAACUGUGAUCAUAAGAGUAUUUUCGGCGGUGUGUCUUCUGUUACAGGGUCCACUGAAUGGUUCCAGGUGAUCGCAUCUAAAGCAAAAUUAGAUAAGCUGCGUCUGAAGAACAAAAUGUUCCAGAAGAAGAAAGAGAAUGACAUCCAGAAGAGUGGCUUUGGGAAAUUAUUUUCAAAAUUAAUACCGAAUAAAAACAAGGGACUCAAUAUAGCUUGAGAUGCAUGCCCUUUUCAGGGACUAGUCUUCUGUGAAAUAAACCUGGUUACAUUUAUUUGAUAUUAGUAAACUUGUCAUAGCCUUGUCAAUAAAUAAGAGCUUUUCAGAUGG